CUCAUCCUCCCCAUCAACUAACCAGCCCAUCUGACACACCACACAAUGCCCGCCAACGCCAACAAGCAGAUCAUCACCGCCGCCGGCUCGGCGCCCAUCUUCUCCGCCGCCAUCCGCUCCGGCGACAAGGUCUACCUCGCCGGCCUCAUCGGCACGGGCGCCGACGGCGCCUUGGUUGCGGGCGGCGUGCAGGCCGAGACGGUGCAGGCGCUCAAGAAUGCCACUGAGCGGUUGGCGCACGCUGGCCUCGACCUUUCGGACGUCAUCUCCGUCACCAUCUACGUCAACGACUACGCCAACAACAUUGGCCCCCUCAACGAGGUCUACCCCGCCCAGUUCCCCAAGGACGUCGGCCUCCCCGUCCGCACGGCGAUUGGCGUCGCUGCGCUGCCUCUCAACGCGGCCGCCGAGUUCCAGAUUAUCGCCGCCGCCCGCUCGUAAAUGUACGAAUGGAGCCGAUGCAUGAAGUCUAGU